AUGUUGUAUCUCAUAUGGUUCAGCAAUCAUAAUAAAUAUGAUGAAUGUAAAAUCACAGAAUUAAAAUCGCUUUUGCAAAUUUUUGGAUACAAGAAUGAUAUUGAAAUAUUAUUAAGUGAUAGGAAUACAAACAAAUACAAAGGAGAAGUAUUCAUAAAAAUAAACUUAUCAGAAGAAAUAGAAUGGAAGAAUGUAAUAUCACGAAGUGUUUUAAUAAAAGGAAUUAUUGAAAUCUGGAGUGAAGGAUCGACAUAUGAUGAUGUAUUAAACGAUUUGUUAAAGAAAAAAUACUUGUUUGAAAAUAAUUUAGAUGGUAAAAGAUGGCGUUUUCAUUUUAAUUCAUUCGGAAAAAUAGUAAUUCAAGAUGAAAAAGUAAGAAAAAUGGAUCAUUUUAAAACCAUACUUGAUAAAUACCCAAAUGUGAAUUUAUCAAACCCUCAGGUCGAAUUAAGCCUACUAGAGGAGUAUGAUCAAACUAAUUUAGGAAUUUUAAAAAAAAUUUAUUUUGGAAAAUGUAUUGCUUUAAGGAAAAAUAAUAAAGUGUUAGUUUAUAAAAGAAAUGUUGAUAUGGACCCGAAUAAUCUUGAAAGAACGAAAAAAUCGAAGCUCGCAUGGUGGAUAAAUUACUCUUUAAAUAAAAGACCUGUUCUAGGACCCACGACAACUGAUAAUGAAUUAGCAUUUAUAAUGUGUAAUAUAGCAAAAAUAAAGGCGGGGGAUAUUGUAUUAGAUCCAUUUGUGGGGUCUGGAGGGUUAUUAAUUACAUCGUCUAUAUUUAAUGCCAUAUGCUUAGGUAACGAUAUAGAUAUAAGGUUACUCAAAGGCCACAAAAUAGCAUAUUUAAACCCACAUAUGAAACACAAAAGUGAUAAAAAAAAUAUUUUUCAAAAUUUUCUGCACUAUAAUUUGAAUCUCCCUGAGAUUAUAGUCUCGGAUAAUUCGAAACCCAUUUGGAACUCCUUUCAUAAACCAUGGGUAGAUGCUAUCGUUACGGAUCCACCAUAUGGAAAUAGAGCAACAGUUCGGAUAUGCUUAAAGAAUGCGCAAAAAAAGGACAACCCUGUAAAUGCACAACCCACCACAAAUGCAUCAACACUCCACAGAAGCUAUGAUGGAAAUAAUACAAAUAAUGAUCAUAAUGGAAAUAAUUCUUAUUACUGUAAUGACCCUAAUGGAGAUAAGGAAGAAGAGACCAACGACAUCUCCCAAUGCACACAAAAGCAUGACAUUUUAACUACUUGCAAUAAUGUGGAGGGGAAAAGAAUAAAAUCAUUUAUGACGACAAAAACGGUUACUUACAGUUGUACUGCUGCUGUGAAAGAUUUAUUAAAUAUUGCAUCUAUUACAUUGGUUGAUAACGGUAUGCUGGUUUUUUUACUGCCAGUUCAGUUGGAUAAUUUAGAAGAAGAAGUCUCCUUAUUAAAACAUGAAGAUUUUUAUCUCAUCUCAUACGACAUGCAAACGUUUACUUCAUGUACUGGAAGACUCAUAGUUUCCAUGCAAAGGAAGCCUAGGAUCUAUUCAAAUUAA